AUGAGAAGACAGUUGUUAUACUUUAAAAGAUCGUUUUUCGGAUCGUCAAAGCCACAGACAUAUAGCAUUAGCAGAGUUCUCAAUGGGUCCCCGCAGCAACUAUACAAGAUAGUCAGCGAGGUCAAUAACUACAAAGAUUUCGUACCGUUUGUUGAGGAUUCGUUUGUAUCGAGUAGAGAUGCGCAACAGCAACCUACCAAAGCAGGAUUAAAGGUUGGAUGGAAGGAUAUCACAGAGAAGUUUGAGUGUCUGUUGGCGUGUCAAGAGAAUGAACGGGUGCAUGCAAGAAGUUUACAAUUGGACUUGUUUCAUGAGUUGGAAACGGAAUGGAAAUUCAAAACCGCCAAUGGCGAUAAGUGCAGAGUCGACUUCACGUUGUUGUACAGAUUCAAAAACCCUUUAUAUGAUCGACUUAGCUUCAUUAUUGAUUUGGAACUGCUUUACAUAGAUAUCGACAGUGAAUUAGUUGAAAAUGCGCUUGAAAGAAUGGUGGAGAAUGUCAAAAGGGUCAAGUGGACUCCGUACGAGUACAAGCCUAGUAGUGGGUUAUAUGAUACUUACUCGUUGGUGACCCCUCCCCUUGUACAUGUUGAGAUUGUCGACUACAAUGCAGAGUUGCAGCUUGGUGUUGAUGAAUCGUACGACUUGAAUGUUUCGGAAAAUGGAAUUGCAAUAACUAGUGAAACUGUUUGGGGAGCAUUGCAUGCGUUCACUACACUCCAACAGCUAAUCAUCUACAAGCACGGUCGCUACAUGUUGGAAAGAUCGGUCCACGUUCAAGAUUAUCCGCAUUUCCGCCACAGAGGCAUAAUGAUUGAUGCGGCGCGAAAUUUCCUCCCUGUGGAUUCUAUCCUCGAGCAAAUUGAUAUCAUGUCGUUGGUUAAAAUGAAUGUUUUGCAUUGGCAUUUGGUAGAUUCCCAGAGUUGGCCGUUGAUUUUAGAGUGUUGCCCAGAAAUGCUGAAUGAUGCAUAUUCGAAACUGGAACGGUAUACAAUCAAAGAUUUACAGCGUGUGCAAAAAUACGCCAGAGAAAGAGGUGUCCGGGUUAUACCAGAAAUUGAUAUGCCUGGACAUGCCAGGGCCGGUUGGAAACAGGUCGACCCAUCGCUUGUAAAGUGUGGGUGCAAAUUUUGGAAUGGCUUUGCAGUGGAGCCACCCCCAGGUCAGCUCGAUGUUUUAAACAACAAAACCUAUGCUGUAAUACGCAAUGUUUAUAAUGAGCUAAGUGAUGUUUUCACUGAUGCGUAUUUUCACGUGGGAAACGACGAAUUGCAGAAACUGUGCUACCCACAAGAAUGGUUUAAUAACCAAACAUUGAGUGACAUCACAAAAGGGUACCUCACUUCAGUGCUUCCCAUUUUCAACAGUGUCAGAGGUCGAAAGUUGAUUAUGUGGGAUGAUGUGCUUACUUCGGAGGCGGCUGUUGCCAAUAUCCCCAAGAAUAUCACAUUACAAGUGUGGCACGAACCUUCCAAUAUCAAAACCAUAAUCAGCAAGGGGUAUGAUGUAGUAGUGUCUCUGGCAGACCAUUUGUACCUCGACUGUGGAUACGGUGGAUUUCUUACAAAUGAUUUCAGGUACGUUGACUCCCCUGAAAAUGAUGAUUUCAACACGGGUCAGGCAGGAAGUUGGUGCGGUCCGUAUAAAACCUGGCAACGAAUUUACUCGUUUGACUUUUUGCGAAACUUGACUGACACGGAAAAGGAAAAGGUAUUAGGGGCUGAAGCAGUUUUAUGGUCAGAGCAAGUAGAUUUUACGGUGUUGACAGGCAAGUUGUGGCCGAGAUCAGCUGCUUUGGCAGAGUCACUAUGGGGUGGGAAUAAGGAUGAAAAGGGAUUGAAGUUGUACGACAUGAAUGCUGUUGAGACUGCGUUGCGAUAUGUCCCUCAAAAUGAAGUCCACCAAUUGCGAGUCUACAGAGGAAUUCUCUUGGUUAUUAGGAACCUUUCACCAUCGCUCAAUGUUGAUUACUUUCCACUUGUGAUUGUAAGCUUCCAAAGGGUGUGGCCUAUGGAUGUGAAUGAGUGGGUUAGUAAAAUACGUCUAGUGUACUGGGAGAUAUUGGCCAAUUUUCAGAGAAAUCAGUUCGUGGAGCAAAUCAACAUUUUGUUUGGUUGGAGCACGGUGGAGUUCAUUUCUCCCGUAAUUCACUUUCUUUUCAGGCAAUUCUACACUGAGGAUAUAGAAACGACCAAUGAAAACCUACUUAAUCUACUAAAAAUCAAGGAGAACCAUGUUUUGAAGACAGUGCACCAAUUGUACUUGCGAGUAGAUUUUGAAAAGGUUGACCAUGACUCAAAGAUGUUGAUACAUCUUCUCUACGAUAUUAUCACACAUGAAAGUUUUGCAAAAUGGAUUGAUCUGCAGAACGAGGAAGAAAAGAUUACAUGGUUGGAGCUUGGUGCAGUCAUUGUCCAGACUAAAGACGACUGGAACGCUUUCGAGUUGGUUGGAUUACUAGUCUGGGUAGAAUCAAUAUUUUUGUCAUGCUCACCAAAGCUUACUCCAGAGACUAUACACAACGAGCAAUUGGAGCGCAUAUUGUCGAAUCUGUUGCAAAUCUGUUCUGAACUUGCAAAGUUUAAACCAACAGUUCAAUUUUUCGAGCAUAGUUCAGCCUUUUUACCUCGGCUAAUGGAUAUCAAAAUCCAACCAACCAACAGUUUGUCGCAAACCUAG